AUAAGCCGCAGGGUUUCAUCGAAGAAGAGGAGGCGACCAUGUUGAUUUAAAGGAAGAAGAAACACAAUAGAGACGAAUUAUUUCAAGAUAUUUUCAGCUCAUUUAGAAGAAAAUUGUUAAUUCACCGCACUCAGAGCAUCGCUCGGACAGUAACGCAGCUUUUCAGGUGGGACGUUUGAGUCGUCGGUCUGGAUCUUUUGGAGGCGAGGAGUUUGCGGCGCUGCACGCUUCGGGCCGACCGGAUCAUCCCUGCUGUCGACUGAGAGGAGGAGGAAUAAACCCGGAGCACAACAGAAACGCACUGAGGACUUUACAAGGGUGGAAAGCUUCUCUGCUUUGGACUAAAAUCCUUGUUGGAUCUUUAUUUUUUUCCACACAUGAAGAAACAGAACCUCUCCCAGUGGAGAUAAAUGAAAUACUGGCUUUCUGGAGACGACCGUGUACAAAGUUGGACUUCUUGUUCUCUGGAUCAGGGACAUGCAGCAGCUCUCUGGGACUGGCAGUAAAAAGCAGAGAUAUUAUUGACGAUAGAAACUCAUUUUGGUGCAGAUUGCCCUAGUUGUUCUGUUUCAGGACUGGAACCACUUCGAUGCUUGUUCACGUAUAAUUUUUCUAUAUCGUGGACGAGUCUAUUUCUGCACAUAGUUGCAGAUUUCUCUUCGUUUGGAAGAGUUUUUGUGUAAAAACUAGUUUUGUUUUUGUCGGCUGUGCAGCGGUCACUGUGAUGAGCUGCAGCUUCGUGUUUAUUUGUAAAUAUUACUGAGCCAUUUCUCUGCAAAGCGCUUCGGACACACAGAGAAUAUCGUUGAACGCUUUAUUAAACUUUAGGAUUUUUUUUUACUGACGACAGAAUUUAAGAGACAAAAAUCUAAAAAAAACAAACAGAAGUUCAGGAAAAAUGGCAACACCCCGAACAGAAAACCUGGGUCCGGUCAUGAUGGGACUGAAUAAGCAGAACGGGCAGCUCAAAGGACAGACCAAACCUGCCGCCGGACCCCCAGCAUCAACUCAAGGAAAGAAUCCAGCCGGGAGCAACCAGGACAGCGGAGGAAUCAAGUUUGGAGACGACUGGAAGAAAUGCCUACAGCUCCCCCCGAAGGACAACAGGGUCAAAACCUCAGACGUCACGGCAACCAAGGGGAACGAGUUUGAAGAUUACUGCCUGAAAAGGGAACUCCUGAUGGGAAUCUUUGAGAUGGGCUGGGAGAAACCGUCGCCGAUCCAGGAGGAGAGCAUUCCCAUCGCGCUGUCCGGGCGCGACAUCCUGGCGCGAGCAAAGAACGGGACGGGGAAAAGCGGCGCCUACCUGAUCCCGCUGCUGGAGCGGAUAGACCUGAAGAAGGACCACAUACAGGCCAUCGUCAUGGUGCCCACGCGGGAGCUCGCGCUGCAGAUGAGCCAGAUCUGCAUCCAGCUCAGCAAACAUCUGGGCGGAGUCAAAGUGAUGGCGACGACCGGAGGAACCAACCUGAGGGACGACAUCAUGCGCCUGGACGAGACCGUGCAUGUCGUCAUCGCCACGCCCGGCCGCAUCUUGGACUUGAUAAAAAAAGGCGUGGCGAAGGUGGACCGGGUCCAGAUGAUGGUGAUGGACGAGGCGGACAAGCUGCUCUCUCAGGACUUCGUGGUUCUCAUCGAGGACAUCAUCAGCUUCCUGGCCAAGAACCGGCAGAUCCUGCUCUACUCCGCAACCUUCCCCAUCAGCGUCCAGAAGUUCAUGGUGAAGCACCUCCAGAAACCCUACGAGAUCAACCUGAUGGAGGAGCUGACCCUGAAGGGCAUCACCCAGUUCUACGCCUACGUGACGGAGCGCCAGAAGGUCCACUGCCUCAACACGCUCUUCUCCAGGCUGCAGAUCAACCAGUCCAUCAUCUUCUGUAACUCCACCCAGCGGGUGGAGCUGCUGGCCAAGAAGAUCACACAGCUGGGAUACUCCUGCUUCUACAUCCACGCCAAGAUGAUGCAGGAGUACAGGAACCGCGUGUUCCACGACUUCAGGAACGGGUUGUGCAGGAACCUGGUCUGCACCGAUCUUUUCACCAGAGGAAUCGACAUCCAGGCUGUGAACGUCGUCAUCAACUUUGAUUUCCCUAAAAAUGCAGAAACGUAUCUCCAUCGCAUCGGGAGGUCAGGGCGGUUCGGCCACCUGGGUCUGGCCAUCAACCUGAUCACCUCGGAGGAUCGCUUCAACCUGAAGGCCAUCGAGGAGCAGCUGGUCACCGACAUCAAGCCCAUCCCCAGCAGCAUCGACAAGAGCCUCUACGUGGCCGAGUACCACUCCGGGCCCGUCACCGACGGCGACGAGGACGACGCGGCCGAGAAGCCGCCGCGCCGCCAGGACAGCACCUAGAACAGAGCAUCGUGACACUCCGGGCUUCGCCAGACGUUUCCACGCUACUCUUCAUCAUCUUCCUCUUCAUCCCUCGCUUCCAGAACCUUCCGGCUAGUUCCUCACAGUCCCGCUUGUUGUUCUGCACCGGCUCCGACCCGACUCGCCCGCCGCCCCUCGCUCGCCCCUGACGCCGCCGUUCUCACUUAAGUGCCUUACUUCCUCCCUGGCGCACGCUCCCCUCCCGUCCUGCUGCAGCAGCAGAGCACAAGCAGCAAACCCGUCGCAGCGCCCGUUAUGCAACCAACCCACAACCCGCCACCUUCUCCUGCCCGGACGCCGCUCUCCCAGGCGUCGCAAUAAAAAUGGCAGCUUUCUUUAAACGCAGCGCGACUUCCCCCUCAUGAAUUAGAAGAACGAGCAGAAGCGCAGAAACUUCCUGCGUGGAUCUGGCGGCGCUCGGGGAAAAACGGGAGCAGCUCCAGUUUUUACUGUGAACCGCUCCGAUCCGCGCUCAGUCGACCCGGCAGUGGUUCCGAACGGCGCCGGCGCAGAACAACAGCAGAAACUUCCCGCUCCGUGUUACUCCCUCUGGUUUUCAGUCGAGACGGUCAGAAGUCCGGACGUGUCACUCGUAGUUGAAUGUAUUAGAUGCCAAUGUUUGUUCUGCAGCCCGGACCGGGCUCCUCUGGUCCGGUUCUGAGUCCAGGCCCAGAUAACGCCGCAGUUUGUUGCAGUGAAUCUGAUGAACGUUUGGUUCUGAUUGGAUCUCCGUGUAAAUUUGAAGCCAAACUUGUGAGUUUUUCCAGUUUUUCACCAGAACCGAACUGCGGCGUUAUCCAUGAACUGGACUCGGCUUUGAGCCCAGAAACUUCUGAACAUUUCUGUUUUUUUUUGUUCUGUUUCUUUUUUGCUGCUGAGUGAAACUGGGUCAGGUUUUUUGUUCCUGACGGACCAGGGAGCGAUGAAACCAGCUCCGGCUCUACCGGACCACGCUAGACAGGUUCCCCCCUCCUGCAGCAGCAAUAACUUUUCCUUUUCCUGCUCGGGUCCGGUUUCUUCGUUUCGGAACAAUGUGAGGUUUAGUUUGGACUCGGCAGGAUUGUAGCAUCUCUGAACAGGCAGCUGGGGUUUCUUUCUGUCCUCCCCUUACAGAGCAUCACUAAUGAUUUAAAAAAAACAUAAAAAAAUAUUUUUUUGCUUUUACGAUGACUUUAUUUUAUUUUUUUUGUUGCUUUCGCUGGUUCUGAUCGGAGCCAAAUUUUCCAGAAACCAAGUGUUUAAUCGGAAGCAUCUUAAGGCUCCUCGCUGGUGCUGAAAUCAGGACACAAAUCGGAAAUAGGUUUUACACCAAAACGUUUUUGUUUUAAGUGCCGGACAGAGCGCGGAGUCGGACCAGAGCGGCUCUGGAAAGACGGUUUUCCGUGUUCUGACUGAGGUGUUUCAAAUCGAACGGGAAAACCGCAAACUUCCGAUUAAAACCAGAAAAUGUUUGGCUUCAGUGGAGGAAGAGGAGGAGUUUUAGUUUUCUUGUUUCCUUGAAACUGAUUUUCAGGAUUGAAGCAAAACCAAAAAGUAAGUGUGAGUGUGUCUCUGUGUGUGUGUGUGAGUGUGUGUGUGUCUGUGUGUGUGGGUCUCUGUGUGUGUGUGAGUGUGUGUGUGUGUCUCUGUGUGUGUGUGAGUGAGUGUGUGUGGGUCUGUGUGUGUGUGGGUCUCUGUGUGUGUGUGUGUGUGUGUGUGUCUCUGUGUGUGUGGGUCUCUGUGUGUGUGUGAGUGAGUGUGUCUGUGUGUGUGUGUGUGAGUGUGUGUCUGUGUGUGUGGGUCUCUGUGUGUGUGGGUCUCUGUGUGUGUGUGUGUGUGUGUGUGUAUGUCUCUGUGUGUGUGUGUGUGCAUGUGUGUGUGUGUCUGUGUGUGUGUGUGUAUGCAUGUGUGUGUGUGUCUCUGUGUGUGUGUGUGAGUGUGUGUGUGUGUGUAUGUCUCUGUGUGUGUGUAUGCAUGUGUGUGUGUGUGUCUCUGUGUGUGUGUGUGUGUGUGUGUGGCGGAUGGGAAUUGCUACACGCAGUUUCCGCUAAGCCGGGAACAAAAUCGGAACGACGAUAAAAACGUGAAGCUGGAUGUCGGCGAUUCUGUUUGUGUUUUUUCGGAUGUUUGAUCAAACAUUGGAUUUGGCGUCGGAUCAGACAUGUUGUCGUCAGGGAUGUGAUCUUUGUCGAGUUUUCCGAUCUGCCACCUCCAGAGAAACAGUUUCUUUCUGACGCGAUAUCUUCCUUCCUUGUUUGUUUUUCCUGAUCACAUCCCUGCCGAUGAUUCAAUCAUCAUCAUCUCCUCUGAGAUCCAGGUCUUGGAUCCAAACUCUGCUUUAUUCCGAUUUGACAUAAUUUCCAGAAGCUAAGCUAAAUAUUCCUGCUCAAAGGGCAUUCUGGACCAUAAAGCGAUCUUUUUCCAUCCCUGGAGCUUUACAAAGAUCCGAUUGUUUUCAUGGGAUUGGGAACCAGAGGAUGUCGUGAUGAAUGUUUCGUCUGUCGACUCGUUUUGUGUUUUUGUGUCGGAGCGCCAAGGGGGGCUUGGGGGGAUCUGGAAUAAAACUAAAUCCAGAACUGGAACUGGAUCCGGGUUCAUGCAAAUUCCUAAAGGAGGAAAAUGAACCAAACUAAACUUUUGACUCCAUGAUGUGAAUUUCUCUAAAGCGACGUUAAAUUGAUUCCCAGACUUGCUGCACUGAUUUAAACUCAGCUGCUGCUGGAGGCUUCAUGAUUGGAAAACUUUGAUUCGGCUCCAACGCCUCCAGCUUUUCCUUCAUUUGGGACUUUUUGCUCAGGAAGUCGGUUUGUUUUCCUCCUCCAAAACAAAAUGUAUGAGUUUGAUUGGAUGAAGUAGAAAAAUGUAAUUUUGUUUAUUUUGACUUGACCAAUCUGCCCUCUACUGGUGUAACAUGGAAGAACAUGCAGACUUAAAAAUUCAAUAAAUUGGCCUGAACAUUA